AUGGUUGGACGCAAGGAGAAACAUGUCCCCUGCUGUCCACGGUCCGGUCUUCUCCCCAUCAAGGGCAGAGAGCAAGUCCAUGCCCGCCGCUCGAAGCUGGAAACGGUUGGACCCGAGGAGAAAAAUCUCCCCUGCUGUCCACGGUCCGGUCUUCUCCCCAUCAAGGGCAGAGAGCAAGUCCAUGCCCGCCGCUCGAAGCUGGAAACGGCUUUACCUGACACCAUCUUCGAGUAUGCAAACACCGUUGCUGAACCGUCCGGUGGUGAAACCGAGGUUUGGCAUGCCUUUCCGGUCGGCCGGCAGGAACGUGGAUUUAUUCUGAAAAUUCCCGACGGUAUCUGUGAUGCUUCCUUUUCCUCGUCUGAAUGUGCUGACGGCUGUUCAGGUGGCAUCUUCAUGUUCAAGGUCAAGUUCGGUAUCUACAAGUAUGGCCUGUUAGUUCCAAUCUCAGACAUCUCAGAAGACCUAGCGACGCGGGACGAUCUCCGAGGGCCGUGGUACACUGCACCCGUAAUUUGCAUGAUUUUAUCACGGCGACCAGGUCUUACACCUCUGAUACAGCUAAAGAGAUUGAUAUUAGAGAAGGCGAAGUCAGACCGACCGGAUAAUGUCUAUGACCGGGAAUCCAUAACGAAACAGAAGAACCUCAAUGCUCUUGCCCUUCUUUACGGUGCGAGGGUCCAUUACCCCUUCGGUGAUGGGACCAAACAGGGCUUUCUUCAGGAAAUCCUAGAAGAUAAGCCCGCACACGGUAUAUAUUGUGUGAAAGUUAAAGCAGAUGAUGGAAAUUCACUGCAAUACGAUGGUUCGCUUCACGAGGUUCUUUAUACGCUGAAAUCUUCGAUUGAGGAGGCAGAGACCCUUUUAGGCUCUACAGAUCCCGUUGGCUUAGGUUCGUAUUGA